GACGCAAAGAUUAGAGUCACAGUAGUCUUCUUGUCAGCUCAUGAAAGGCUUCUCCGUCCAUUUAUUUGUCUGCAUUUUGCUCCUCUUGUCUGAUCAUGAGCACUAGGCUGCCACUGGCACAUGGUCAUGGUCGCACACACAGAGACAAACCUCUGUCAGAGUGCAUGUAAAUGAAACAGAGUAAUUCUUAAGCUAUUUUUGGAGCGUCCUUAGGGCUCAGCAAAACUGGCCAGCCUGCAGACUACCCGACUCCAUAGAUGCGGGAGAAUACUCCACAGACAGCAUGACAGCUCCAUUCUUUCCUGAAAAGAUGUCCCCUGUCAAAGCUCUCACCAUGAAGGACUAUGAAAAUCAAAUCACAGCUCUGAAGAAGGAGAACUUCAACCUGAAGCUGCGAAUUUACUUUAUGGAGGAGCGCAUGCAGCAGAAAUGCGAUGACUCUACGGAGGACAUAUUCAAAACGAAUAUUGAGCUGAAGGUUGAGCUGGAAUCUAUGAAGAGGGAGCUGGCAGAGAAACAGGAGCUGCUCGUGUCAGCGUCAAAAGCACUGGAGAGUCUAGCUGGCCGAGAAUCGGGAGACCCUCAUCGUGUGAGAGAGCAUGCUCAGCGAGAGAUGGAAGCACUUAGAGAUGCAUUCAAUAAGAGGAUAGCUGACCUGGAACAGUGUCUGCGAACAGCUGAGGAAGAGGUUGAGAAGAUGGCAGCCAUCGCUGAGCAGGAGAAGCUUAAGAAUAUUGAUAUGGGAAAGCAGCUCCAAGUCCUAGAUCCUUCAAGUGCCUUCUCCUCUUCACACCUCCCAAUCCCAAUGUAUGACAUGCAGAAAGCCCUGCAGGAAAAAGACAAUAUCAUUGAGCAGCUUAACAUCACUUUAAAGAACCAGGAGGCCAUGAUCCAUCAGAGAAACAAUGCAGACCAAAUGACAGAUGCACCAUCAGCGGACUGUGUCAAACUAACUGAUCUCCUGUCUAAAAAGGAUCAGGAAAUUGAGGCCCUGAGGAAUGAGCUCCAUGGAGAGAGAGAAAAUAAACAACCAGACCAUCAGCUCCUGCGCUGCAUCUCAAGGCAGCAAGUGUCUCGCCCUGAAGGAAGCCACAUCCCAGUCCUGAACAGGCCAGGCACUGCUUUCCUCACCUCUCAUGCUAGGCGCAAAAACAGAGAGGCAAAAUGGAAAUCUUUGCAUAAUCUUACAGAGGAGUUUGAUGAUGAAUACACCCCUGUCAAAUUGGAGAAGAGUGAAAUUAAUCAGUUGGAGUCCUGCAAUAAGCUGCUGACUGAAGAGCUCACACAGGCAAAAAGCACUAAUGAGAACCUGACGAGAACAGUGGAGGACAUCAAGAAUCAAAUUAAGACCCUGUCACUGAAUUUGGAAGAAAAGGAGGAUGAACUCAACUCUGAAAGAAGAAAUGCUCUGAAAAGAGACAAAACUAUCCAGGGACUGACUCAGGUUCUCAAAGAAAAGGAAAAAGAGAUUGCAGAGUUGUGCCAUGAAAUUGAGGACAGGGAUGACGCGUUGACCAAGGCUAGAGAGGCAGCACAUAAAGCCCAAUUGCAGAAAUACCAGGGAGUAGAAGAGCACCAGAACUUAUUAAUGGCAAAGCAAACAGAGCUAGCACAACUCCAGGGGGAACACCAUGCCAAGUUGCUUGAAGUCCAAAAGUUACAGCGUGCUCUGGACAGGACAGAGCAGGAGCUGACUGACUUGCAGCAGGCAAAGGACCAGCUAGAGAUGGACCUUGAGGAUCUGCAACAACAGAAGAAGAAGGGAGACAAGGCCCUCAAUGAUCUGAACAAUCAGCUGAAGAAGCUGAGCAGUGAGAUUGGGGAGAGAGAGAAUGCUCUGGAACAACAGUACCAGGAGACGCUUGACGAAACCAAAAGAAAAUUGCAGGCACAUGAAGUCACCAUACAACGACUCACAUCUACGCUAGCUGAUAGAGAACAGCAGCUACAGGAAUACAUAAACAUGAUCAGAGACUUUGAGCAAAGCAAAAGCCCAGGAGGAAAUGAUACCAUGCUCUCCAAGCUGCGGCAAAGGCUGAAAGAAAAAGAGAAGGCUCUGGAGCAAGCGCUGGAUGAGAAAUUUGCUGCCAUUGAGGAGAAAGACAAUGAGAUACAUCAGCUACAGUUGGCACUAAGGGAAAAGGAAAGAGACAUGGAUAGGCUCAAUAAUUUGCUUUCUCACAACGAAGAAACCAUUAAUAGUUUUGACAGUCUGAUAAAAGAAAAGGAUGUGGAGCUACAGCAUCUUGCAAAUACCCUAAAAAAUCUACAGAGGGCCAAGCAAGACGUGGAGGAUAACCUUAACAGAUCACUGAGGGAGAAGGACGCCAUCAUCAGCCAGCUGCAGCUCUCCCUGGAGGGCAAGACAAAAGACAUGGAGGAAAUAACUAAAUCGAUGUUAAGCCAGUCACAGACUCAUGUAAAUGACCUGGCAGAACAAAUGGGUCAAAGGUUAAAGGUCACUGAGGCUAUGUUGGCUGAAGCUGUUAAAGCCAGGGAAAGGCUAAUUGCUGACAAUGAGGGUGCUGUGGAAGGACUGUUGGCCACAAUUAGUAGCAAGGACCAACUUCUCAAGGAAUCUGCUGAGCACUACAAUCGCAUGUUGUCUGAACGUUCUCAGGAGAUUCAGGAACUGAAGAAGCAGUUGUCUGACAGGCAACAGCAGCUUUACGCCACUGAGACCCAAAGCUCCACUGCUGCUCAAGAGAGUUAUUUAGAGACUGCAGAGCUCAAAGCUUUGCUUGCUGAAAAGGACAGCCUCAUCAAUAAACUUCUGCAUCGUGGUCAGGAAAGAGACCAAUUUCUGGCAGAGAUGAGACAAAAAGGGGAGUCGGAUCAUGUGUUGGAGCUGAGACAAACUAUUCAGAUUAUGCAGGAGAAGCUGGACGAGCGGGAAGCUGAGCUGUCCAGAAGAAACAGUGAGGGAAGUGUUGAGAACAUUCCAAUUACCAAGAAAACUGUUAUUCUAAAGAAGGAACUAGCACAAAAAACUGAGGCCCUGAACAAAGCCCUGAAGAGGGAGAAUGAACUUAAGAUUUCAUUGGCAGAGCUACAGUCAUUGCUGUCUGAACUGGAGGGUCGCAAUGAAGGUCAUGCUGCCAAUAUUGAGUCGUUGACUUCUACUCUAAAGACCAAGGAUGAGAUUAUCAAUAGUCUUCACCAACGCCUUGGUCAGCGAGGUGACGGUCCGGCUGAUCAUACACAGGAUCGAGUCAUUGGUCCUGGCAUGGAGAGAUCACCUCCGGGGCUCCCACAAAGAGAGAAAACCAUGAUUGGUGGAGACAGCCAACAAGAAGCUUUACCCAAACUCCUAGCUUUGCAACAGGAGCAUGAUGCUCUGAACAAAGCCCUGAGAGCUGAACAACAGCUCUACUCUAGCUUGGUCAGGACUGUGAAGGAGCAGGACAGUGCCAAGCGUCUCCAUGCUCUGCAGCUGGAACUGACAGCAGUGCAGCUCCUCAGGCAGCAUCUAGAGGAGAGUGUCAGAACUAAUGAGGAGCUAAGGGAAGACUUGGAAAGAGAGAUACACAGAGCCAAACUCAGAGAAGGUAUGGACCUCAUUGAUCCUAAAGAACUUGAGAGCUUGAGGCAUCAGCUCGAAGAUGCACAGCGCUGGAAUGCUUCUCUGCAGGCUCGCCUAGGAGCCAUCCAGAACCGUGGAGGUGGAGUUGGUGGAGCCAAUGAUGGUGGUGACACUUUGAGUUUUAUUGGCGAUCAGACGUCCUACAUGAGUAUCUGUGUAGGAGAGGGGCAUGAUGACAGCUUGUCUCCACAAGAGCUCAAAGACAAGGUGCUGGAGCUGCAGGACUGUGUCAGCAAAUUGCAGACUUCAAACACUGAGCUUCAGACCCGAUUGUCACAAAUGGAGAAGUCAGAGCGUGAUGCUUGUAGCCAGGAAGAUGAAACAAAGGUCAGCAGUAACCUUUGUAAACAGCAGCUAGAGGAGAUGCAUCCGACACAGCCUUUGGCUCAAAGUAACAAAUCGCACCAUUCCAGCGAGGAUAAAGAGACCCAGACAGACAUCAAGAUCAUGUCUGGAAAGCCGAUGGGUGAUGAAAGCAUAGACAGUGGCCUUGGCCAGAGUAGAGAGCAUGCUCACUCUAGCAACACUUUGGACACUGGAGAGGGAGACUCUAAAAAGAAAAAUGAAGAUCUGAUGGCACUUAAAUCACUGCUGACUGACUGGGGGGUCACAUCAGUCUUGCACCUUAGAGAGCGGCUCCUCAGACUUAGAUCAGAUAAUGUGGAGCUACAAGGUUUCCUGAAAGAACAACAAUCCAUGGAGCCUAAAGAAAAAGCAAGCACAGACGCCUCAGGAAACAGCAGUGAUGAGCAGGCUGAAAGGAAACAGAGUGUGGAAAAACUGCAGGCUGAUUCCAAAGGUCACUCUAAGCUGUUGAGGGGAAAGCAAGAGAAGGAUCUAAAGAACUCCAAAGAGGGGUCAGAUGAAGACAUCACAGUUACCACCCAGUUAAUUGUCAGCACUGCAGAGGCGAUGCAGAGUUCACAAACCGAAGGCCAUACACACAGCAGGAGUAUAAAGCGGCAUGUUGCAAAACAUGGGGCUGGUGCCAAAUCUCGCCUUCCCAUCCCUGUGAGACUGAGAACAGAAGCUAGCAAUGAUGGCAGCACAUAUUCUGUAAACUCUGAUCAUCUGCAAACUGACACACUUCAGCCCCCUGCCAAUAUUGUCUAUGGAUCUGAACAUGAGAUGCAUGCGGACUGUGACUCUCCUACGUUACUGCAGGAAAACACUUCCCCUUCCCCUGGACACCGUAGCUUCAGCCCAGUAGGGUCUGACAAGGGCUCCGAUAAUGGAAACACAAUGGAUCAUUCCCACACCAAUUCUGCUCUUUUCACUCAGUUGGAACUCCUCCACCAGGAGUGCCAGGAGAAAGAGGCCCUGAUCGCCAAGCUCAGUGAGCAGCUUGCUGACUGGGAGGAGCUCCAUUCACAACUUCAAAUAAAGGAACAACAAUAUGUGGAUGCUCUACAGGCUGCAGAAUCCACAAUUGCUUACCUGACUGCAUGUAAUCUGGACAGCCAGCUAGGGUCAGAUUCGGGCUCGGUGGAUUCCAAUGCUGCUCUAAGUAGCAGAUGUUUGGAGCUGCAGAAAGCACUACAGGAGAAGGAGGAGCUUAACAACCAGCUUUUAGAGCUUCUAAAUAUGGCGGAGCAAGCCAUCUUCUCCUUCAACAUCCAGGAAAAGAAUCCAAAAUUCAGUGAUCUUUGCUCAAAGAUAGACCAAGGCUUACAGCAUGUCUCAUCAAACAGAGACAGCUCAAAAAGUGCUUUAGGUAGCACAGGUGAGUCCACGCAGGAGUUACGACAAAGUGCGGACACUUUACAAGACACACUUUUAGAGCACAAUAGUCCCAAUGCAAAGCUGCAAGAAAAGCGGAGAGCUACCAAUAACAACGGUAGCCAAGAUGGAAAACAUUUACAGCACAUAGCAGAAAAUGAUGACAGUAGAGCAAAGGGAAGUUCUGAUAAUUGUAGUAUAAAUCAGGAGAUGACAAAUGUUUUGAUGAACUGCCUUAAUGCAGCAGAGUCUGCUGUUGCUUCUCUCGCAGCUCAUUGUUCAAGCACUGGCUUCUUGCCCUCUGCUAGAUCAUUCAAGUUCAGCCCCGACCUGCAAAUGAAUUUAGAUAAACUGCAGAAUGCCCUGCAAGAGAGGCAAGAAAUGGAAGAAUCUACACAUCCAACCUCUAAAUCCAGCAGCAGCAAGUCAACUUCUUCAGAUGUGUCAAAGGGACAACCUCACCAGGAGCUUCAUCAAAAUGUUUGUCUCAUCUAUAUACUCUUCAAUAAACUUUCCCAGAGGAUAUCUGAACUGCAGGCUUCCUUACAAGAAGAAAGGGAUCGUAGAGAGCAAACAGAGGCUCCUUGGACAGUGCAGGAUGGAAAGGCAUUACCCCCAAUUGUUCAGGCCCAACUAGAGACGCUUCAUAAAGCUCUGAGAGAGAAGAAGAAGGCAUGUAAAAGCCUGGAGGAGAAACUGGCCACUGCUCUUACCAACACAUCCUCCCCUGAAACUGCACAGAAAGUGCCAGCUCUGGAGCAGGAUGACAAAGGCGUGCAGGUGGAUUUUCAGGACCUGGGUUACGAAACCAGUGGCAAGAGUGAGAACGAUAGGGAAGAGAGCAGUAGCACAGAUUUAGAGGUUGGUGUAAACCCGAGUUGCAGUGCCUCCAGUCUGCCCUCCUUGCUGAAACAGGCCAACUUCUCUUCUACUGAAAACCUGGACUCAACCUCCAGCACCCCAUACCCUAGUUCCCCAGCUCGAAGCUCAGCCAAGAGUCUGAAGGGCCUGCAGGCCUUGGAUGAGUAUGGUGUUUCUGAGGACCCUCUGCAGCUUCAGGCACAAGUCAGAGAGCUGAAGGUCCAACUAGAGAACCAGACUAAAAGCAUUCUUCAAAUGCAAAGUCUUCUACAAAGGAACUCCCUGUCCAGUGACCUUGCUGUCAAUGAUGACCACAGCCAGGAGAAAAAUCAUAGAAGUGGGCAGCUAACAGAGAAAAAGGAAAGGGAGAAGCAGGCAAAGACGGAUAAAGCCAGUUUGUUGAGCAUAGACCUGGAAAGAGAGAGGCCACUGAACAGAAGCCUGAGUGAUCAGCUGCAACAGACACGGAGCCGCUCUGCAUCCCCUGCCAGACUGGACUCCCUGGUGCAGUCACAGGCCAGGGAGCUGUCACAACUCAGACAACAGAUCAAGGAGAGCCGCCGACUGGGUGCCCUGCAUCGUCUGCAACUAGAUGAGCUUGGCAGGGCCUUCAAGGAUCUGCUGCAGGCCAGUCAAGUGGACUGCUACAUGGGGGAGGUGGUCAAAGAGCAGCUGGACAAAAGCCUGAACCUCCUGGACCGGCUGGAGGGACGGCUGGACAAAGGAGAGUCUCAUCUAGACAACGAGGAAGUGACUUCUCUCGAACUUUCUCACAGUCUUCAGGCGAUUCAGCAGGGAUCACAGUCUCUGCUGUCCUAUGAGGAGAGCAUAAGAGAUCCUCCUGACAGCCCGGCAAGAAUCCAGCUGGAGUUAGAUAAUCUGCGUUUGGAGCUAGAGGGCGAGAGAGAGCUGCUUCAGCAGCACGUCAGUGUCCUCAUCCAGCAUAAUCUCACCCUGGUUGAAUGCUCCAGGGAGCAGCUGGACCUGUUAGCUAAUGAGCUGCAAGAGAAAAACCUUCUUAUUCAGAGACUGCGGAGUCAGAUCAAAGGUCUAAGUCCUAGCAGCCACCACAGCUCCCACUCUGAUCUGGACCAAUCGGACAGAAGCUCCUCUUCCUGCUACUCAGCCACACAAGGUCGCAAUCUGCCUCAGGGCCAGCGGCGCCUCUCUAACUGGACGGAAACGCCUGCCUCACCUGUAAGAGGAGCUAAGGAAGAAGGAGGGUCCGGUCACAGGGACGAUGCAAGCAGACUGCAGGGCCUGCAGAGGGAGAACGGACGACUAUACGCACAGCUUAAGAGCAGUGAGGAGCUCAACGCCACCCUGCGAAGUGAACUAGACCUGCAUCACUCUAUUAUGGCUCAGAACAGCACCCACUAUGAGGAAAAGGAUCAAAGCCAUGACCAGGACAAGUCAGUCCCUCAUUUGGAAGCACAUAAGCGAGAUAUCAGCUCACAGAAUCUCUCUACAGAACAACCACACACUGUAAAUUCAGACCUUUUAGCGGAACAUCUACAGGAGAUCCGAGCAUUGCGACAACGCCUGGAGGAGAGCAUCCGCACCAACGACCGUCUCAGAGAGCAGCUGGAAAAGAAACUGGCUGAGGUGGAGAAAGACCCAGCUACCAACAUCUUCAUUCAUGGCAAUGAGGAGCAGGGCCAGCUGGCCAAUGAAGUGCGAUUCCUCUGGGAACAAAACCAAGCUUUGAAGGAACAGUUCAACUUGGGGUCCAGAGAUAAGCAGAAGGAGAACGAGAAGCUACGGGAGACUUUGGCCAGGAGAACGGCCAAAUUGGAGCAGAGCCGCAAAGACUGUGAAGACCUGAGGCAGGAAAACAGACAACUGUUGGAGAGGCUGGAGCACUGCAGCCAGGAAAACUCCCAACUCCAGGAUUCACUGCACUACAGCAAAGAGGAGCUGCACAGGUUGCAGUGUGAGGUGAAGCUCCAAAGGCAGCAGCUGUCAGACUCCCAGCAUCUUCUUCAGUCAUUGCGAGUAGAACUACAAGUGUACGAAAAGAUGAAGACUGAGGUUCAUAAACACAGUGAAUCCACUGAGACUAUCAAGGAGCCCUUCCCAGUCUCCGUGGGCUCUGUGGACCUUGGUGAGCUGCUGUCAGAGAUCAGACACCUAAGGCUGCAACUAGAGAGAAGCAUCCAGACCAACACAGCUCUGCGACAAAAGCUGGAAGAGCAGCUGCUCAGAGGAGCCAGCCACUCUGAAACUAUCAACAUUAACUACCUGCUCUCGUCUCCAGAUGAAGGCGGCAGAUCACCUGGUCGAGAGGGCUGUGAUCCACUCCGCCACUCCCAGCAGUGUCACAGCGAACACAUUAGCAUCCGCCAAGAUGAAAAACGUCGGCAUCAUACAGAAGUGGAAAGUGGCUCAGUCAGCAGCAGCUCUAGUGAGAGUGUCUCUGGCACUCCCUCCCGUCUCGUGCCAGGCCACCGCAUGUGGGCUAAUCGCAAUGGACGCCAUAUUCUGGGUCUAAUUGAGGACUACAACGCCCUACGCAAACAGAUCUCAGAGGGACGCAAACUGUCACGUUGCAUGGACGCACAACUGCAGGACUGUCUACACACACUCGGAUUGCAUGGCUCCGACAAGGUGUUGGAUCUGCAGCAUUUGAAGAGCCUGUCCGGCAACAUGAACACAAUGCAGCAGGUGUUAGAGGAAGCUGGUCGGCUGCUAAAACUGGUGUGGAGAGUCUCUUUGCCAGCUGGCACCAUAGCAGGGGACACCAGCAACAAUGAGCAGGAUGAGCUGCUGAAAAGCGAGAUAGCCAGACUGAAAAGCAGGCUGUCACAGCAGGAGAGGAUGCUGAGUGGAGCUGUUAAACGCCUCCGCACCACCAACCAGCUCAAAGAGGGAAUGGAGAGGGUCAUCAUUGACCAGCUGUGUCUAACUCAUGGAGUUCUGAAGAAAGCCAGAGGGAACUUAGAGACAAAUUACUGCACCUUCUUUGGCCUGAAAGGCCUGUCUGGAGGACCAGACGAAGGAGAUCCCAGUCAGUGGCCAGUAGAGGACACUACAGGACCUCAGCAGAUAAGUGCUCCUGCUUGUCUGCGUGCAGGCAAAAGCUCAGAGUCCUUGGAGGACCACAACAGUGAAACGUCCUUGCAUUGCAGCUACUAAAUCUGUCAACGUCCCAACUAGCUUUGAUCAAGUAGCUCUGUAAUGUGCAUCCUGCCUUUUUGUCCUGCUGUAUAACUGACACCUUAAUUUCCUGAUUUAAAAGCCUUUCUCCUAUAAUUGCACAAAAACUGCCUAUAAAUUAAUUUUAGGUACUGAAAACUUGUUUUAAAACAUGACUUUGUAAAUAGUCAUUGCUGCAGAAAUUUUAGUAUUAGUAUUUUCCUUUAUAUGCUGAAAAUGUAUUUUAUUACUCGCUCAUUGUUUUUAACUGUCAUGUUCUGUAUAUACGAAGGUUCAGAGUGAUCGUGUCAUCAAAGAAUUAUGUGCAAAUGCAGUAAAAGAAAGUUUAACAGUGGAAACUA